AUGGAUGAAGAAAGUGAAUUUUUUCCUUGUGUGGCAAAAUAUAUUUUGCUUUGUAUUGUAGGAAUAAUUUGUGCUGAGCUUUCUGUCCUUCACGUAAUGUAUACAAGGUUAUAUAAUGGAUCAUCAUUUAACAAUGAAUCGUUAAAUAAUGCAUUACCUAACGCUGUAUGUACAAAUACGAAAGGCAGAAGAAUGUGGUAUAAUUAUGAAGAUUCUGAUGAUGAGGUUAAUAAUAGUAAUGAUUACCAUAGUAUUAACAAUAUAUAUAGUAAUAAUAAUGAUGAGUUAUUAUAUUGUGUAGAUUUAGUACUUAGUAGGAUAUGGCACAAUUUAAGGGAUUGUUCUAAUAGAGAAUAUUAUGGUAAAGGCUAUGUUGUUGAUUAUCAUGACCUUUCAAGAAAUUUAAAAAAAGAAGAAUUGCAAGAUGUUCUUAAAACCUUAAAGGAAGGUACGACACGAAAUGAUCUUAUCAGUAUAUGGAAUCAUGUUGUUAGAAUCAAUAGGAGUGGAGUUGAUGAUAUCAUAAGUUCUAUACUAUUAUAUAUAGAUAAUGUUAUGAACAAAUAUGCAGAUUGUGAAUUGGAUUUUGAAGAAGUUUUAAAGGCAUUAAAAAUCAAUGAAAGAACAUUGAAGCUUUUUAAAUCCAAUAUUAUAAAACAAAUAUCAUCUAAUGACUUUAAGUAUAAUAAUGAAUUUUAUACUCUUCUUAUUAAUGAAAUAAGAAUAGAGGAUAUAAAAAGCUUAAUUGAUUCCUAUAUGAAAUUUGCUGAUAAUAAGAAGAAGAAAAUAUAUGAUCAAUUUAUAAAAGAUUUUAAUGAAAUGUUCAAAAAAUAUAUUGAAAAAAAAAAAAAAAAUUAA